AGCACGACUCUCUACGACUAUAUAGUAGAUUGAUGAGUAACAAUAACAGUAGUACAACAUUUGUUGUUGCUGUUGUUGUUGCUGCUGCUGUUGAGCUUUAACGUCAAACAUUUUUUAAACAGAAUAGAAUAUAGCGCCUAAUAGAACCAUAACCAACGAGAGGGAAAUCAUUCGUUAGUAAACUGGCUGAUGUGCGGCCACGUUCAUGAGAAUACAGCGGACGUGUUUUUGAAAACCAAAGAGAAAUAUAAAUUUCAAAAAAAUUAAACAACAAAUUAAAUUGAAAAUAAGAAGCAAGUUUAAAUGCAAUGAAAUUGUAAAAUCAAAGGAAAAAUUAAAAAAAUAAAUUAAAGUUUUAAAAAAGAAAAUUGUUAAACCUAUUAAAAUAAUAAAAAGAAAAAUAUUGAAAAUAUUUACAAACAACUGCAAGCGAAUCGCUUUAAAAAUCAAACAACCGUUGCGUUUAACUACUUCCUGUUCAGUUGUAACAUAAACAUACGCAUGUAUUCAAAUGCUUCCGUUUCCUUCCUGCUUGAAUAAACGUAUGGACGCGUUACAACACAUUCUAAUGUUGUUUGGACGACGUGUGUGUGCUCUUGAAGCGGUGUCUGUUGCAAAAAAAUAAUGGCAACGUCAACGGAAAAUACAAAUAAGCGACAAAAACAUCACAAGCAACAACAACUACAGCUACAACAACAACAUAUUCAUCAACAAAUACAACAACAUCAGCAGCAGCAGCUACAACAACUACUAAGGAAAAGAACUAAAAUAAAUUUUUAAAUGAAACGAAAAUAAAAUAUUUAAAUUUAAAAUAAAAAUAAAACUAACAUUAUAUUUAAACAAAAAACGAGUGUAAAAGAAUUAGAAAAAAAAUAUCAAAAACUUGUGGGUUUGUUGUUUUUCGAUCAAACACACUCAAAACAAACGAGAUGUCGUGUAUGACCACGACCUCGACCAUCAUAAAAAUGAGGAAAAAAUUUCUCCAACACUUUUUGCUAAACAAAAUAUAAAAUAAAAAGAAUAAUAUUGUUUUUAUAUAUAUUUUCAAAAAAUUAAAUAAAUAUAAAAAUUAGUAACAAAAAAGAGCGACAACAAGUCAGAAAAGAGUCCAAUACGAAUUAUUAUUUUUUUUAAAAGAAUCUAUAGAAAAUUUGAAGAUCUUGUGAUUUGUUGCUUUUGGUUUAAUUUUGUUUUUAUUUUUUUAUGGAAAAUCAACGCUUCGAACAAAAAAAAUUUGAAAUUGAGUCCUCAGUCGUUUGAACGGCAUAAAAAAGAACAUCGCGCGAGCGCUUCCAACGUGAAUGUGACGAAAAGUGAUAACGGUAAAAAAAUAUUUUUAAAAGUGAAAAUUUUUGUUUGUAAAAAAAAUAAAAUUAAAAAAGUUUUCCAUUGAAAAAGAAAAAAAUACGAAAACCAAGUGUUGUGAAUUAAAUUAAGUGAAAGCUAAAUAUUAAAAUCAAAAAUAUGGAAAAUAAUAAAUAAAAAUCUAACAAGAAAGUGUUAAAGUGAGAGAGAAUAAAAGAUUUAAAUUUAAUUUAUUUAAACAAAAAAAAAAUAAGAAAUUAAGUAAGAAGCAAAAAAGUAUCAUACAAAGUUAAAAUUUUUUAAUAAAAAUAUAUUUGUAAUGUCUACAAAAACCACAAUAAAACCAACAACUAACAAAACGUCAACCAAAUUAACAUCACGUACAAAUGUAACAGCAAUAGUGGAUACAAACGAAGCAGCAGCAACCACUGCAGCAACAACAUUACUAAAUGCAGUAUCAGCGCCACAAGAACAGCUAGCAACAGCAGCAGCAACUAAAACUCCAAAUGCAAAUUCAACAAUUGCAAAAAAGUCAUUAAAACACAAUGUUUUAAGGAAAACGAGGCGGCAAAGGCCAUACGAUAAAACAGAAACAACAGCAGACACAACGACAACAACAACAACACAAUCACAACAAUCACCACCAACACCCCAAAAACAGCAACAAAGACCACGACCACUAAUUACAACUACAUUUGCAACAACGACUACAUCAUUAACAGCUGCCAUUGCCGCAGCUCUAUUGCAAACGACAAAUGCUACCACCGCUACACUCACCGCCGCCCUUCAAACACAUGCAGCUUCCACCUAUGAAGUUGCUGGUGCAUCAUACUCAUCGUCACCUGCCGCCACACACAUACCACCGUCAUUAUCGAUCGAUAGUUCCCUACAAUAUCCCAUGGCGGUUUUGGACGGCACUUUAGCCCAAAUGGAACCGAAUGCAACCACAACACAUUUACUGCAUAAUGCAGCCAUUUCCACUGCCACAUCUGCUUUAGCUGCAGUAGCAAACUCAACACUACUACUGGAUGAUGAUGGUGGUGGCGGCGGCGGCGCCGGCAAUGGUGUCGGCGAUAUGGGUACGGAUGUCGACGGUGAUUGGUUCGAUGAUGCUAUUUUAGCCUUGAAAGCGUUUGUCAUGUUAUUUAUAAUAAUUGCCGCCAUUUUUGGAAAUUUACUUGUUAUUAUUUCUGUGAUGCGUGUUAGGAAAUUAAGAAUCAUAACGAAUUAUUUUGUAGUCUCGUUAGCCAUGGCUGAUAUUAUGGUCGCCAUAAUGGCCAUGACAUUUAACUUUAGUGUACAAGUAACAGGACGUUGGCUUUUCAGUCCAUUCCUAUGCGAUUUGUGGAAUAGUUUGGAUGUGUACUUUUCAACAGCGAGUAUAUUGCAUUUAUGCUGUAUAUCAGUCGAUAGAUACUAUGCCAUCGUUAAGCCGUUAAAGUAUCCGAUUAGCAUGACAAAACGGGUUGUUGGCAUUAUGAUACUCAAUACAUGGAUUUCGCCAGCUCUACUAUCCUUCCUGCCCAUCUUUAUUGGUUGGUAUACCACCGAUGAACAUAAGAAUUUUGUGAAAGAACAUCCGGACCGCUGUGAGUUCAUUGUAAAUAAACCGUAUUGUGUCAUCUCUAGUUCAAUAUCAUUUUGGAUUCCAUGCACCAUUAUGAUUUUCACCUAUUUGGCAAUAUUUCGUGAGGCAAAUCGUCAGGAGAAACAGAUGAUGAUGCGUCAUGGUAAUGCAAUGUUAAUGCAUCGGCAUUCAACGGUUGCCGGAACCGGAAGUGAAGCUUUAAGCGGUUCGGGCUCUUCGAAAACAUUAACGCUGCAUGAGGUGGAACAGGAUCAUACACCAACGAAAGAUAAACAUUUAAUUAAAAUGAAACGAGAACACAAGGCUGCAAGAACUUUAGGUAUAAUUAUGGGUACAUUCAUACUCUGUUGGCUGCCAUUCUUUUUGUGGUACACAAUAACCACUUUAUGUGAUGCCUGUACAGUACCCGACAUUGUUGUGGCCAUCUUAUUUUGGAUUGGUUACUUCAACUCCACCCUAAAUCCACUUAUAUACGCUUAUUUCAAUCGUGACUUUCGAGAGGCUUUCCGCAACACACUGCAGUGUUUGUUCUGCAACUGGUGGAAGGAUCGUCAUAUGCCACUGGACAUUGACAUUAGACGCAGCAGUCUGCGUUAUGACAAUCGUGCGAAAAGUGUUUACUCCGAAAGUUACCUCAAUGCCAAUCAUCCACAGCGUCGUACUAGUCAGCUAGUGGAGAGUUUAUAA